AGUCAGCGAGAGGUUGUUUGGGGGGGAUGCAGAUGGUGCUGGUGCUGCUGCUACAAUAGAAAGCAGAGACGGUGGGAGGAGGUUCAAAAGGCUGCGGAAAAUGGUGGAGGUAAAGGGGAGGGCAGAGGAGAGCAAGGAGGAGAGAAAGGGGGAGAGAAUUGGGCAGGACACUGAGGCAGGCGUGGGCUUUAACUGUGCCUCGCCUUCCGCUGUGUUCAUAUCUCCGUCCGCUCCAGCUCUAGCUGCAGUCACCCCCUCGCCCAGGCAAGGAGCACCGAAGCCAGCAGCAGCUAACCCCCCACCACCGAAGCCAGCAGCAGCUAACCCCCCACCACCGAAGCCAGCAGCAGCUAACCCCCCACCACCGAAGCCAGCAGCAGCUAACCCCCCACCACCAAAGCCAGCAGCAGCUAACCCCCCACCACCAAAGCCAGCAGCAGCUAACCCCCCACCACCAAAGCCAGCAGCACCAGUGGCCACCACUCCGGCUAUGCGGUUAUCAGAGGGCCAUCUAGGGCGUACCCCCAGCCUGGCAUCUGCUCUGCGUCCAGCGUCCUGCCCCAUGCCUCGACUACCAGAGGCGUGCUUUGUAAGCGAUGAUGAGAUUGAUGACAUUGAAGCGUCUCUGCCUGAUGAGCGAGAGGGAGGAGGGGAGGAGAUGGAGGAACGAGAGGAGGGAGAGGAGAGAUGGGAGAGAGGGGAGAGAGGGGAGAGAAGGCAGUUGUGUGAAGAGGGGGAUGGGUUGCGGCGAAGGCUGUUUUGGGAUGGAAAGGAGGGCUGUUUUCCAGGCAUUUGUGAGGCGCUUCAAGGCUCGCAGGCAGCAGGUGGAGGGGCUGAGGCUGGAAUAGAACACAGGGGCAAAGGCGGAGCAGGCUUUACUGCUCAAAGCUCGUCUGAUUUUAACCACCCCGCUUCAACCCCUCGAAACACACCUCUUUUCCCAGACCCCGUGCGGCAGCCGCCCUUUAACCCACCUCCUCUAAACCCACCACAUCGAAACUCAACGCCGUUGUCUGACGCCAUGCGGCAGCUGCUGCGGCGGCGCCUGCCGCACCUGCAGCUGGUGGGGUGGCUGGAGGAGCAUGGGGACGCCAAUGGCGAGCCCGUGUUCAUCGACUACAAGGGCCAGUUCGGACCCUCCCUUGCAGAUGCGGACAGAGCAGGCCGCCCGGCUUGGCCAGCAGGUGAAGGAGAGAGGGGCGGCAGGUGCGACCCUCCCGAGGCUGAGGCUCGGUGGGCUGCAGAUGCGUUUGGGCAGCAGCAGCAGGCAUGCCAGCCGUUUGGCGUGGGAGGUGUUGGGGAUGGGGUGGGCAUGCGAGGGGGGAACUCUGGAUGGCAGCAAGGGGCUGGGGGAAGGAGGAGAGGAAACGGUGGUGGUGGUGGUGGUGGUGGCAGUGCUGCUGCUAGAAGCGGUCGUAAUGGUGGUGGUGCUGGGAGUGGUGCUGCUACUGGUGGUGCUGCUAGUGGGAGUGGUGGUCAUUGGGUGUCGGAGGGCGGAAAGAAGGUGUACGUGACAGCAGCAGGGAAGACCCUUCACGGCCGCAUUGCCUACCGCCAACACCUAAGGGUAGUUUGGUAACAACAACCACCGCAAUG